CCAAUGAAUCAUCACCACAAUAAUAAAUAGUGGACCGAGCUCAUUUAAAAUAGUGAGGGACAGAAAUAAAAGUCUGGAACACAAUGAUUCAUUAAUCACUUAUAAGCCUAAUCACUUUCCUUCUUUCUUUCUUUUUCUCGUCUUCUAGCUCAAAAAGAAGCGAAGAAAUCAAGGCAGAGAGAGAGAGUCAUGGAAGGUCUUCAAAGAUCAACCAUCUCCUUCCGCCGUCAGGGAUCUUCCGGCAUAGUCUGGGACGACCGCGUCAUCGCCGAGCUCAACAAACAGGCCACCGAGCAGAGAGAGGAACAAAGUCAACGCAACGAGCAGCAGCCUAAGCCGCUGUCGGAAACCUCAGAGCAAGCGAAACAGAACCCCAACGGCGACGAGAAAGAAAAUCUCAGGCCGAUCAAAACCGGUGGACCAACGAUCGAGAGGAGUCGAUCUAACAACGGCGGAGGAGGAGGAGGCCCACGACAUCAUCACAGAACAACAGGAAGAGUGUCUCCUGCGGUGGAGCCGCCGUCUCCGAGACUGUCGACGUGCGGUUGCUGCUCUGCGUUUGGGAAGAAACCGCCGGGGAAGAAGAACAAUCCGAGGCAAAGGCCACCGAAGCGCAGAUCGAGGUAGGCAUGCUAAUUUAUAAGAGAUAAAUAGUAACUAUACUGUCUUCGAUAUUCUCUUUUUGUAUUCUCUGUGUGGCUCUCUGAUACAAUCUUUAAGCUUUAUAAAUUUCGAAUUUUCUGGGUGA